GCCGCUCCGGUGGGCGGGACCGCGUUACCUGGGCGCCGCGUCUGCCGGAAGCCGGCGUCGGCAGCCACGCGCAGGAUGGCAAAACAGAAGAGAAAAGAUAGCCAAGUGACAAAGGAAAAGAACAAAAAACUGAAGAAGGCGGUAGCAAGAGAGAUGCCUCUGGCACCUGCGGCCCCGCCGGGCACUGAGGGGGCCCCAGCCGAGGGAGCCGCGUCCCCGGAGGAGCAGAGGGUCCUGGAGAGGAAGCUGAAGAAGGAGAGGAAGAAAGAAGCCCGGAGGCGGCUGCAGGAAGCGGGCAUCUCCGUGGCCCAGAGCCCAGCAGCCAGGCGCUCGGGGGCCGCGCUGGCCUUGGACUACCUGUGCAGCUGGGCCCAGCAGCACGAGAACUGGAGGUUUCAGAAGACGAGGCAGACCUGGCUGCUGCUGCAUAUGUACGACCGUGACCAGGUCCCCGACGAGCACUUCUCCACCUUGCUGGCCUACCUGGAGGGGCUCAGGGGCCAGGCCCGCGAGCUGACGGUGCGGAAGGCAGAGGUGCUGAUGCGGGAGCUGGACGAAGCGGGUGCAAGCGCCGACGCCCCACUGCCGGGGAGGACCCAGCGCGUCCGGCAGGUGCUGCAGCUGCUCUCCUAGCGGGCGGCGCGGGGGUGCGGGGGUGGGGUCCCUGGCCCUCCUGGCCCCUGACCCUUGCAGGGACCACUGCUCUCUCCUGAUUCCUUGGCCAGAAAUUGUUUAUAGGGGAUGACAGUUUUAACCCCUUCACAGCAGCACGCAGUCACUCUGAAAUAGGCUGCCCUCCCAGUGGCCCUCAGGCCCCCAAGGAAGUUGCUUAUUAAGGGAAAUGCCCGUUUUUGUCCCAGGGAUGUCUUAGAGAUCACCAGAGCUGGCCCUCCCCGCCCGCUGUGGUCCAUCCGUGUGGGGGCUUGGGCCCCCCCAUGGGUCUGGCGGCCCCUCGGUGCCGGCCGCCUGGCCACCUGCCUGCGUUCACCUAGGGGCCUGCGCUGUGGCUCAUCCAUGUCGCCUCCCUCCUCAGGCAGCCACGGCUCCGCUGGCCACUUACAGGGAAAACCUGGGUGUAUUUUCAAUAAAAACCGGCCUCUGGAGGCUGUGGCUCUUGU